AUCGAUCUUUACUUUCAGUCUUUACCUAACAUUUAAUAAUUAUACGUUAGAUAAUUGAAAUAUUAUAUAAAAAAUGGCUAGAUCUAUAUAAAACCAAAAUUGCGAGUUGCGAGUUUAUAAACCAAUGAUUUAAUAUUUUAAUAUGUACUUUUCCACUAUGUGUUUAUAUUUUGUUUUGCCUUUUGUUUGGUGGAUCAAAAAGAUCUCUCAUUCAUUCAAUGUUUCACAAGGAAUAAUUUUUAUUUUUUGGGUUUAUUUAAUAAUUCGUGGUUUAUUGUGAAGACUACGUGCAGACAGUCCUUGCUGGGUCUAUGUAUGGGUUUGCCUUUUGAGUUUUUUUCCUUCAGAAAUAAUAAUAUAUAUAAAAUGGCAUCAAUGUUUUCUUGGAAGGUCUCUCACAGAAACCUGAUUAUAUUUUUGGAAUUUCACCUUCAGCUCUGUCAAUGGACCUUUGAACCAAAGAAUUACUUGCGAUGACUCUGGUGUUCCUCUUGAUCACAAGCUCGUUGAUGCAGAUUUGAAGCCUGCCUUGAUUGAUAGAUUGAUUCUUGGUCUUAUAUGUUAUACAAGGAAGAUGAUAGAUACUAGACAAAUGUCUCCAGCAAAAUCGCAGACGGGUUCACGGAGUUUCACAAGAGCUUUGGCAUUAGCCUUUAACGAGUGGCUACUGAUGUUGAUGCUCUUCCUCAACUCCAUAUUCUCCUACGUGAUCUCGAGGUUUGCAGACUACUCCGAGCUCCAAUCUCCGUGUAUGCUGUGCUCAAGGCUUGACCACAUUUUCGGGAGGACAAAACAUUUGAAGAAGUCUCAUUGGGACAUGGUUUGCUCUAAGCACAAAUCAGAAAUCUCGUCGUUGGUUUACUGUCACGCUCAUGGCAAGCUUGUGGAUGUCGGCGGAAUGUGCGAGACUUGUCUUUUCUCUUUUGCUACAACCAACAAGUCCAAUGCUGAAACUUACAGACUGUUGGUUGGAAAAUUGGGUGAAGAUUCUUCCUUUGGAUCCAAGAGUGAUCGAAGCUCAACUCCUAGAUACUGUACAUGUUGUCAUCAGCUGUGGAUGCCACAAACCGCUUCUACUGAUCAGUUGGCUAAACCGGCAACGCUACCGAAGAUUCGUUUGGUUAGUGAUGUGAGAACCGGGAAACAGUCUACUACUACACCCAAGAAAAGUGUCAGGUUCAAUGAUUUGCCUCAUGUUGGCUACACCGAGCUCAAGAUUCAUUCAGAUACUGAAUCAGAAGCUGUCUUUUCGGAAGAUGAAGGUUUCGUGGCUAAAGAAGAGGAUCAUAUGUUUCAAGCCGAGACUCCUCCGGUUAUCACCUUGCCUUAUGACUUGGCUACCGAUAAGCUGCUAAACCUUGAUUUCCCUUUGCAGCCUUUGGUGGCUCGAAAUGACCGAGAGGAAUUUCAUUCACGAGAGAUCGAUUUGAGAAGUCAUUCGUUUUUCCCUGAGCUUAUUCCAGUUAAUGGUGUGCCUGAAACACCAGAUAAGGAGUUGAAGGAGGAAGAGAUCAUUUCGUUAGAUAAUCCUUUCUUAACAUCACGCGCCAUGGAGCAUCCUGCAGUUGUUUUAAAAGAGAAAGAAGAGCUGAUUUUCUUCCAAGAUGUUUCUUUAACAGCAGAUAUUAAGGAAAAUCCUGCAGAUGCCUUAAUGGAGGAGACUGAUGAGCUUAUUCCAGUUAAUGCUGUGCUUGAAACAUCGGAGGAGAAGGUGUUUAAGGAAGAAGAGAUCAUUUCAUUGGAUAAUUUUUUCUUAACUUCACGUGCCAUGGAGCAUUCUGCAGCUGUUUUAAAGGAGAAUGAAGAUCUGAACCACCUCCAAGAUAUUUCUUUAACACCAGAUUUCAAGGAAAAUCCUGAAAAUGCCCUAAUGGAGGAGACUGGGCUUAUUUGCCUCAAAGAUGUUAUUUCAACAUCAGUUGCAGAUGAAAUUCCUGAAGAUCUCUUAAUGGGGAAGACUAUUUUACAGGGAAAAGAAGAGCUGCUUCACCUCCAAGAUGAUUCUUUAACACCAGAUUUUAUGAAAAAUUCUGCGGAGGCUUUGAUGGAAGAGACUGAGCUUAUUUGCCUCAAAGAUGUUACUUCAACACCAGUUGAUGCUGCUGAAACUCCUGUAGAUGUUUUAAUGGAGGAGACUAUUUUAAAGGAGAAAGAAGAUCUAAUUCACCUCCAAGAUACUUCUUUAACUCCAGAUUUUAAGCAAAAUCCUGCAGAUGCCUUGAUGGAAGAGACUGAGUUUAGUUGCCUCAAUGAUGUUACUUCAACAUCAUCAGAUGCUGCUGAAAUUCCUAAAGAUGUCUCAAAGGGAAUUGAACUUAUUCCCCUCCAUGAUAUAUCUCUAGGCGAGAUUCCUGAAUCAUCCACUACAAAUGAAACCCCUGUUGAGACGUCGAAGGAGAUGGACACAAACCAAGCUGAUAUAACUUCCCUGGAAUCUGAAUAUGUAGUUGUAUCACCUUCAAAAUCUACAAAAUCCAUGCCUGAAGAUUUAACCGAAAACUGUGUAUCAGAAAACAGGGGAAUGAAAGAGACAUCUCUUACGGUCUCUUCUGUGUCUGAAAUGGCGUCUCACUCAGAAGCUGCUCUUGAGUCAGAAUCUUCUUCUUUCAACUCAAUGUCUGUGGCAGCGGAAACAAACCUUGAUUCAGGUGAGUCUUGGAUGCAAGGAGGUGAGUUGCUGGAUCUUGCGGAUGCAUACAAUAUCAUUGUACACAAUGAGGCUAACAAGGACAGCGACGGAGGAUCACAUAUAGAGCAAUGGAUGAAGAAAGAUACUUCUAGAGUUAGCGAAGACCUUAAAGCACUUCUUACUCAGAUAUCAGCUUCUCGUGGGAUAGAGUUUUUGUCGCCUAGAGAUGUAAGCCCCAAGAUAUCUAGUGAUCAGGAGAUAAAGGACCUAGAUCAUGAUAUGCAGUUGCUAAUUCAAAAGAGGAUGCUCGAAAGGAACGAGAGCAACUUGUCCUUGGAAGGAGUUUCUGUGGGCGAAAUCGAGGGAGAAAGCGAGAGUGAUCGGUUGAAAAGACAGGUCGAUUACGACAGGAAACUGCUGACUGGUUUAUACAAAGAGUUGGAGGAAGAAAGAAGCGCUUCAGCGGUUGCUACAAACCAAGCGAUGGCCAUGAUUACGAGGUUGCAGGAAGAGAAGGCGCUGUUCCAAAUGGAAGCUUUGCAGAACCUUAGGAUGAUGGAAGAGCAAGCAGAGUAUGAUAUGGAAGCAAUACAGAAACUGAAUGAUUUACUUGUCGAGAGAGAGAAACUAAUUCAAGAUUUAGAGGCUGAGAUUGAUUACUUCAGGGACCAGACCCCGCAGAAGAAGAAGCAGCUAGAAAAUGUGACCGAUGUUGAUUCCCCUAGAAAGAUGCAGAAUUGUUUAAUGGGGUUCGACGAAGAGAGAUUGUACAUAACAAGUUGUUUGGAAAAGAUUGAAAACAGAGCUCAAACAGAUGUCGAUAACCUACAGACACAAGAAUCUGUUUCUGAGCUACAUGAGAGAGUAGAAAAUCUGAAGGGAGACUUGUAUUUCCUAGAACAUGUUGUGAAUUCUCUCGGGCACGGGAAUGAAGGCGUGGAAUUUGUCAAGGAAAUAGCUUCUCAUUUGCAAAAUCUGCGAAGUCUUACCAUGAGAAGACAAGAUCAUACAGAGAGUUGAUCCUCUGUAACAACCUUCACAAAUAUAACUUUGUGGAGAAGAUAUUGCAGAGGAAUCUAAAAGAGAAGUCAAGGGUGGUGUUUUUUUAAGGAAACUGUACAGCAUCUUCUUCAUGGCCAUUUCCACUUUCGUAUACAACGAUAGUCUCAGAAUUUUUUGCAACUUUCAGAAAUGAUUCAUAUUUUUGGGGUUUGGUGUGUUCAUAAUUCACUUGUGGGUUUUUCACUUUCUUUGGUUUUGUUUUGCAUUUUCUAAAUAUUUUUUUUUUUUCUAGAAUUUGAGUGAAGGGUGGAUGUGGGUUUGUGCUGAAGUUCUCAUCUGAUAUUUUUUUAUUAGUUAGAUUGAUACUUUUGUAUAGCAUGUCAAAAGUCAUGCAACUUUGCUAAGCUUGCUGUUGUAUUGUACAUUUCUCGGUUUUAGGAAAUACUUUGUUAAACUCACAUUCAUUUGUUGGUUUUAGUAAAAAAAUGUUAAAUAAAGAAGAACGUCGACUUUUCUGUACACUUUGGAAAAAAA